AAGUGUGAAAACAGCAGGAUCAAUAGUAAUUGCAUUCUUUGCAAGACGACGACCAUCGCUUUACGUAUGCUAUCUCUGCAACAUCAAUUCUUGUUAUUUUUUUCGUUAUCGUCUAUCUCUAUUGCAGAGUAGUUUACAAGAACUGCAACUGCCGAGGAGUACUAGUAAUAGUACUAUCGAGUGGUGCGAGAUUAGCCAGAUGCGACUAACAAGAAGGGAAAGGAUAUUAGGAUUAGCCGAAUUAUAACAUAACACUACAUCGACAUCGAGAUCAUACACUACUUCAGGAUAAUUGAUUCUUUCAUACUAGCGUGUACUUGAUAGAUACCAGCAGGAGGAACAACAACAAGAACAAGAAGAUGGUGAAGAGGUUUUGCUUGCUUUGAUACACUACUAGAGAUUGCCAACAAGCAGCAACCACCGCAGGCAGAAGUAUUUGCGUUCUCUCCUGGUGAUUCUGACGUCUGGAGCAGCUCUUUGCUGGGCGGCUUUGGAAAAAAUAAAAGUUGCGUCCUCUCCAUCUUCAGUGUGGUGUCAUCAUCAAUUACUAGUGAGACGAAGACAAGGACCACUCAAACAGCAACAGCAUCUUGAAUUUAGAAAGAAAAGAUCGAAAACGAAAUACAACGAAAAGAAUAAGGUAGUGCUCCGCGUACGUUAUUCUCUGGAGCAGGAGACGAACUCAUCAUCAAGAAGUUCGAGAAGCAGAAGUAGUGGUCGCACUGACUACGUACAGCAGGAAACACUUGAUUUGGAGCCAGUAAUCAUGAACAACAAGCACUGCGCCGCAGAUAUGCGACAACAUCAGCAACACGCAUCGUCGGCUGUCCGUGGAGUACAAAAAAAAUUAGCUUUAGAUUAUCGUGCAACGGCACUUAAUUUUGAUAACUUUUGUUUUUCCUUUUCCAAGAUAGGUGGCUGGAAAAACAGUUUCCUAAGAUUUCUCAUCUCUGCAUCUGCCUUAGAGGUAAGUGAUUCCCUGAACAAAAACAGUUUCGAGUUACUCCUAAAGGAAGCAACUUCGAAUUGCUGAGGAAAACAUGUUCUCACUAACAUCACUGCAAUCAGGGCCAGCAGCACCCGCAACACCAUCACUAUCAUGGAAACAAUGCCGGCCCCGUUGGAUAUCACCCAUCUCAACAUCCGCAGCACCCUCAGCACGCACAGCAUGCGCACCAUGCUGCACAUGCGCAACAUCACCCUGUCGCUACACACGGGCACCAUCAGCAUUAUGUUCAGAUGACCUUCUUUAGUUCUCGUGUUCUGAGUGAGUAGUCCUCAUCCUCUAGAAAUUUGAAUAUCAAUAUCGUUUGAUAAUUAAUAUAAUGAUAUAAUCCGGGGGUUCGGGUUGGAUGCGGUUGCGGGUGGGCGUGGACGAGCUCAAGGUUAUAAUAGUUAUUCUACUGCUGGAACUGGAACAACUGUCACCAGACACGCACCUUGCAGGUUUCCGAUUCUUGUUACAGGAACUGAGCAAAGAGUAAUCGUUGUUUUGUCAUUGUCUUUGCAUUCUUGAAUAAUAUUCAAAGACCCUUGAUUCUUCUUGUUGUGCUUUCAUAUUGUGCAGCAUGCUGGUCCUGGUGUGGUUCCGCACGUAGCGACUGUUCCGCAAGGUGUCCCGCCGCAGCAUCACCCGCAUCAUGCGGGUGCGCAUCACACGCAGCAAGCGCACCUGUCUGGGGGCCAUCAUGCGCAGCAACCUCCGCCUCGCCACUCGGGACACGGGGUGACGCAUGCGGCACCUCCGCAAGCGGCUCAGCAGCACAUACAGCAGCAACAGCAACAAGUCCAGGCUCAUCAUCAACAGCAAGUUCAGGGAGGACAUCCAGCACAGCAGCAGGUUCAGGGAGGCAAUCCCCAGCAGGCCCACCACCAGCAACAGCAACAACAACAACAGCAGCCGCACCAAAAUGAAGGCCGCAGAGUUAGAGUGGAAGGCGCAGGAGGCAAUGGUGGCGGAAAUAUGUACAACUCCGAAUCAGAGAAGUGGGCAGUGCCACCACGAUACAAGCUAGUCAAGGUCAUUGGGAGCGGCAGUUAUGGUAAUUCAACUACUUAGUACAUAGUUAUUCUUACCAGACUCCGAAGACGAGGCUCUUCUAUGUGAUGAAUUUGCUGUCGAAGACGAGGGUCUGUCCUUGUUUAACAACAGUUAAGAACUCAUGCAAAACACAAAACACAAACAUCGUCAGGUAAAGUGUGUCAUGCGAUCGACCAGGAGACCGGGAUGAGUGUAGCUAUUAAAAAGAUCAAGCGGAUCUUUGAGGAUUUGAUUGAUUGUAAGCGUCUGCUGCGUGAGAUUGCAAUCCUUGCCUUUCUGGACGACCCACGAACCGUAAGGCUGAUCGAUGUGUGCGUGCCUGACGAUCCCAAAGGGUUUACCGAGUUAUACCUUGUUCUCGAGCUGUGCGACAGUGACCUGAAAAAGCUCUUCAAGUUACCCGAGUACCUGUCCGAGAACCACGUUGUGACGUUACUGUUCAACACUCUCUGUGGCCUCAAGUACAUUCAUAGCGCAGGAAUCUAUCAUCGCGAUCUCAAACCCGCAAAUUGCCUCGUGAAUCGCGACUGCUCAGUAAAAAUAUGCGACUUUGGACUUAGCAGGCCCGUGGUGGACCCAGAAAAUGAGAUGCUGUCGAAUAUCGAUAACAACGGGUAAUGAGGAUAUAAAUGCAUCUUCCGGUGUGAAUAUGAAUCCUGAUGAUUGUAGUACUAAACCUAGAUGUACAACAUGAUCGAUGAACAUUUACAGACCUUCCUUCUUUCUCUUCAAGUUCAGUUAUGCGGAAAUGUGUCAAUAGUAUCGCUCCACCUACAUCAGGUGGCUUAAGAUUACAAUAAAUGAAGAAUCGUCAUCAACUAACAAACCCCGCAAGGUACCCCUCAAGUAUGGAGGACAGCCAGUCAAUCGAGAAGACUCGAAGGCUGACCGGCCAUGUCGUUACUAGAUGGUACCUAUAUGGAACUUAGAUCAACGACAGUGCUUUUAACCACUGGUGACGUCACUCACACAAACUAUACUACAAAGAAGACACUUAUUGUGAUUAACGAUUCUUCCCAGACAGAAGUCAGAACUGAUAUCAUACUUCAUCCCUUCUUUUACUUUUCACUUUCUGUACAUGCCAGGUAUCGAGCCCCAGAGUUGAUAUUACUGCAGGAAAAUUACACGGAGCAGAUAGACGUGUGGAGUUUAGGUUGUAUAUUUGCUGAGCUUCUAGGGAUGAUCCAAGGCAAUUACCCGAAUCCAAAAGAGCGAUGCCCAUUAUUCCAGGUACUCAAAUUUUAUGUCGAUAAUUUCUUAUAAGUACAACGCCGGUAAUAAUACCAUCCGCAUCCCACUGUCAAAGAUUUGUUACUGGGGAUAGAUACCGGAAGUCCAUCAAAAAUUACAUUUUGAGCCGGCAAGAAUUCUUGAACUUCCAACCAUGUGAUUAUCCGCAAAUAAAUAGGGCAAUACGUGUUACCCGCUGAGCCCUCAUAAGGAGCACGAUAAGGAGUAUCAGUAUUACUACAAUCGGCAGAGCAGGGACCAAUUGAACGUGAUAUUCAAUGUGUUGGGAACACCCAGCGAAGAAGCAGUCGAAAAGCUAGACAAAAUCGAUGCAAAGAGGUACCAUUUGAAUUUCUCGAAACACUCUUUGAUGAGGCGCUUCCUGCUCGCAGUAGUUGUUAUUGUAUGCUAGUUCAGCAUGAACAAGAUGAUUAUGAUAUUAGUAUCUAUUUCAUCAUAGAUAUCGAUUGAUACUUUGACCCUGUAGCUAAAUAGUCUUUCAGCUUCUUCUUUUCGCAUAUUGAUUUGUUAUUGACGAUUAACCACUUUUCAAAUUCUUCAAUAAGGUACGUACGUUGCUUCCGUGAACGAAGGCGUUUGAACUGGGACGAAAUGCCAAGAUUUCAAGCCAGUAGCGUCGAAGCGCUAGACCUCCUGGAUAAGAUGCUGGUACUCGUUCUACAACUCUAUGGCUUUGGACUCUCUUAAGAAAUGAAUAUUUCUUGUCCUUCUUGUUUUGUUUUUGUUUUGUGCCCUUGCGCUUGCGCUUGCUUAUGGUCUUAGAUAGUGAUAGGUGUAGCCUUGCGCAUAUUACUUAAACUGAUUGCGCUCGCUCUACUAGUAUUACCUCAUUGCCAAAAAUUUUGCUCACACCAGAUCCUGGAUGCUUCGGAGAGGAUAGAUGUGGAUAGUGCGUUGGCGCAUCCGUUAUUCAAGAAUUUGUACAGCGCGAGCAAGAUCCGCGUUGCGGACAGCAAGAUUGUGCUGGAAUUCGAAAAUAUCCCACAACUGAGCGAGUCGCAGCUACGCCUUUACUUCCUUCUUGAAAUUCAGAAAUUUCACCCAGAACUAGUGAUCCCCGAUGAACUCCUCUGCUUGCGGCAACCACCCUCUUCGCUUGUUUCCUCAGCUACUUGGGCCAGCAGCCACUAGCCCUGCUUUUCCUCACGACAGUCCUGAUGAUGAUGAUUCACGAUUUUUGAUGACGAAAUCAACGUGUUUGACAUUCAUACUACACCGUAGAAGUUUAGGCUUAUAAUGAUACGACAACCUACUUGAUAUUGAUGAGUUUUAGUCCCCUAUUUUGUAACUGCUCAGUCGACGUAGAACACUCCUCCAAUCAGCAACAUCUUCUUCUGAUUUUCACUUCCCCUAUCUUCAACCCUCCCCAUGCGUUGUUACCCAUUUAGUCCUCUUCAAGCAUGCUUUUGAGUUAAACCUGAUCAUAUUUUUUCGUUACCGACCAUCAUUUCUAGUAAGCCACGGGCCACGUGAAGACGAGAAGAAUAUAGAAGUACUUAUCGACAGUUCGAUUCAACAUACUCCUGUUGAUUAUAAUUAAGUAAUAGUUUAUAAGUAUUGAUAUUGUAAGCGUAAAAAAAUUUAAAACAACGGGUUACUUAAUCAUUUUCAUGUAAAAAACAAGGACGAACAAAAAGGGAUAGGAAUCAUUUUUCUGAUUGAUAAAAACAUCUGAUGCCAAUGCACUGCAGUUGCAAAGUUACUGUAGUGCAAUUUUCAUGGUGUUUCUUGAGUGAAGGAAGCCAAAGGCCAAAUAUAACCUGCCACAUAUUCUUGAACAAAAAGUUCUAGAGGACUGAUGACAUAGAGCAGGUGGAUUGAUCAUAUUCCUAAGGUUGUUAACGUUUUUGCUUAUCGUGUAUCAAAGUCUAUGUUGUUACAAUACCAUGACGAUGUUGCUUACUGCAUCUACUUAACUUAAUUCGAUUUCCAUACCAUCGUAUUUAACAUACUUCCAAUAACAAGGAACAACUUAAGAGCCACGUUGUUCAUCGUGGUUAAUAACGAAAUUCUUCAUAAGUUGCUGCUCUGAGGAAGCAGGUCGUGCAGGAGGUCGGUGAAUGGUGGAUAGCUGGUUGGGUGUCUUCUUGUCGUGACGGGAAGACCGACCGCAUUGACGCUCUUUGUCGACUCGCAAAUUGCACUGACGUCCAGAUAGGUAUCACUCCACCACAUGCACAUGCACAUCCUGUGUCUAAGAAAAAAACUCCAUGAUAUAGAAAACUUGUUUUCCAAGUAUGUAGGCGAGGGCCGCUGUCGCUUUAUGCCAUUUCGAUUUACAACAUGCAGAUGGUACGUACAUCAUGAUGAUGCUGUUGCUGGAUAUCUCCAAAUAUAAGGAACGUACUUCGUACACCUACACAGUCAAAUCAUCUUCGAACACGACACCAGCUCAAGCAGAAGGCCUCUCAUCAGACCCAACUAGGAGAUGUGCAUAGCAGUACUCCAAUAUGCAUUUUCUUCAGUAACCUUAUCGACCUCGUCCUCGGCGUGUAUGAUCAAGCUGACAAUCCUCUGCUUGCUGUCUGAUGUGGUCGUGUUUAUUCUGCUAGUAAAAGCAGCGGUUACUUAAAUAUAUAUAUAUUUCGUCACCCAUCGUUUCUUGGGAGGAGUAUGAAAAGAAAAUGUUUGUGAUCUGUUCAACGGAAGAAUAUGUACGUACCCAUUUUUGUCUCGUCCAAUGAGCAAUCAAUUAUCUAAAGAAAGAUGUAGGCGUGAGAAGCACCAAGAAGUAGAAAAAGCUAUGGUUUUGUUUACAAGAAGCAAGCAACUUGGAUGAUUCAUAGAAGUCAAGAGCUAUUCGUAUUCCAGAAUCAGUGAACAAGGAAUUAUCUCAUUUUUGUGAUUAGUAUGUUGCAAUUUUGUGCACCUCUUGGAGUCCUCUCAUCUGGUGUUUUCCAUUUGUUUAGUCGUCCGACGAGGUUAUCAUAGCUGUUCUUGAAAAAAUCAACGAAACUGCUGUUUUUAGCAUGUUCUUGGGAUUCUUCAUGCGUCUUCAUCAAUAUCGUUAUGUCUAAGUAUGUCAUUUAUUCGGUUUUCAUCAGAGAAUUUCUACUCUGUACAAGGCGCCGUAGGCGUAGUCUAGGUCUGCUAGGAAGCCAGAUCACCAUCACCAUAACCUAGAAUUAACACAACAAUAUUCUGCAGUUUUGUCAUUCUUUUUUGAAAAUGAGAAUGAAUACUCGUCAUACAUUAUCAGAUGGAGGUGGCAAACCGCGAGCAUAACCACCUCACGAAGUAGAAAUGUCUUCUGUGUUGCUGAUACCUUUGUAUUAUUGCUGUAGGUAUAGUUCUUCUUGAUCUUGGUGGUAGCUCGAGCUAAUACUUGCUUGUAGUUCGUUUGAAUGUAGAUUGUCCAUGUAGCCUGGUAGAUCAUUUUCAUCCUUUGUAGAUUCAUCAUUCUCAUUCAUGAUGAGGAUGAUCUAUUUUUCCCUUAGAAUAGGGUACUAAUGGUAAUGUCAUGAUUUGUUCCAGCGAAAAAUACGAAUACCAGAUUAAACAGAAAUAAAACGUUAUAAUAGCCUGCAGCAGGGUCAAUUUGAUACAAACAUCACUAGCUAUUGUCAACAUACAACUAUCACUAUCUGAAUCGCAAUCUCAUCGUCAUAGCAGCUACAGUUAGCAAGUAGCCGCGGUAGAAAGUGGGAUUGGGAUGAAGAAAUUGAUUCACUUGAAGAAGAAAUCGAGUGUCGGUGUCCAAUCGAUGGUGAGCACUAUGGGUAUCCCCCAGUGUCGUUCUUCUCGUCUUCAUGUUGUCCUGGAAAAAGAGGAGACAAUUUCAAUUCACUCAUCUCCUUCGUAGCAAAAAAAUUGCUCUAUUGGAGAAUGCCUGCCAACGAAAAUUCUUUAUAUGGGAUUCUUCAACAGCAUUGAUGAUAAGUACAUGAACAAUGGUCUACUAACUGUGCCGCGUUAUGAUCUCCAUGUUCAUGUGGCCAACAGUGCUGGUCCGAGGCUUUUUCACGCUUUGACUUGUGGAAAAUUAUUCUGAAAGAGAAAAUAGAAAAUCAAGAAGCACACAAGGG